CUAUUAACCUCCAAUGAACCUUUCUGAGAACAUACAAGAAAGCCACUAUGACGAUGCUGAAGCCGCCACUUACGCUUUAUGUUUCUUGAGUAGAAUGAAGUCAAUAGAAUGUUUGCAAUCGCUGAUUCCCUUGGCGGAGGGGAACCGCAUUCUCGCCAUGGUAGGCGCAACUCCCAAGUGCUGAUACUGUUCAGUGUUAAGCGUCCGUCUACUGCAAGGUUGGCAGUUCAAUAUAGUUUGACAGGACCUGCAUAUCAACACCUCUCCGACGCCCUCAUAUGGAAUUGUUCGAAGGCUAUCCACUUUGAAAAUGGCAUCCACCCGCCCUGCAAGAGUUUUGUUCGGGUGAUAACCGAGACAUUUGAGUUGCAAGCAGGCUAUUCCCAAACGGCUGCAAACAGCAAGACUUGCGCGAUGGUACCUGUACGAUCCCUUCCGGGGUUUGUAACAUCCUUCCCGGUGAUAAUUACCUUUCUUAGCUCACGCAACAGGAAAGCAGACUACACCAACGCCCUUCAAGAAGACUAGGACAUCGCUCAUUUGCUGGAUCUUGAUACACAACAUUAGAUAGAAGCCCCAGAAACGGCAUCAAUUAAGUCAAAUCUACGUAGUCACCGACGAUGAAAGGACUAUACUUAGG